GUUGACAUAUCAGUGUGACGUCUCUGGAAAUGUGUCAUCACUGCUGCUCGAGAGAGAGAAGAUGAGCAGCAGAAACAUUCCACGAGGUUUUUAUAUUCAGAAUUUUAGAGAUUUGGUCUGGAUAAUUAAUAAAAUCCAAAAAAAAUGCCGUUGAUAUCAUCGCCCACUCAUCCGAGCAGUGCUCAGUACUCCGCCAUGACUGGAUUGAUCUACGUCUUCAAUGUGAUCGUGGGGACGGGGGCGUUGGCGAUCCCAGGUGUGGUCCACUCCUCAGGAUAUCUUCUCUCCUCCCUCGUCCUCGUCGCUCUCGCUCUAGUCUCCUACAUCACCGUGACCUUCGUCAUCGAAUCCAUGGCCAUUUCCAACGCCAUAAUCCUGACCUCCCCACCCACACCCCCAUCACUCCCCCCAGACGACGCGGAUUCCCUCGACCCAGGAGAAACCGACGAGGACGACCCACUAAUCUCCACCUCGAUAAACCAACAGCAAAUCCUGAGCCGAGCCUGUUUCGACAUCAGCCGAACCGUGGAAAUGGGCCACAUGGCGAGGUUAUACUUUCCAAAAUAUGGCGUUGUUUUAUUCUACACAACACUCGUAGUCUAUCUCUACGGGGACUUGGCCAUCUACAUCACAGUGGUCUCAAAAUCCCUGCGCGACGUGACCUGUUCAAAAAACCUGACCCUCAACGAACUAAACUCCACUUGCACAGAGUUCUUUUCCCCAAAAAUCGACCGUUUUGGAGCAUAUCGGCUUUUUUGCAUCCUUUUCAUCCUCACCAUCGGACCCUUUGCGUUCCUCAACAUCUCAAAAACCAAAUAUCUUCAAGUCGCCACCACCCUUUUGAGGUGGACAGCCUUUACAACGAUGAUCACCCUGGCAAUCCAGCGAAUCACCACCACCUCCCCUCCCAUCUCCCCCGAAAUCUCCAACAUCCGCCAACUCCCCACUUUAUUCGGGGUCUCGAUCUACUCCUUCAUGUGUCACCACUCGCUCCCUUCGCUAGUCACUCCCAUCCGGAGCAAAAAGUCAAUUAAUUUACUCUUCGCGAUGGAUUAUUGUCUCAUCGCCACGUUCUACAUCCUCCUCUCCGUCACGGGCGUUUUCGCUUUCAAGGAGGUCCAAGAUCUCUACACGCUAAACUUCAUCCGGGACGGGGACGGUGGGUUCAUCAACUAUCUCCUCGCCCUCUUCCCCGUUUUCACCCUGUCCACAAAUUUCCCAAUAAUUUCCAUCACCUUAAAGAACAAUCUGAGGACAUUGUUUGACUAUGAGUCGGAGUUUUCCAACGUGAUUUACACCCUGCUCGCCAUCGUCCCUCCGUUUCUGGUCUCGGUCUUUGUGCAAGACGUGCAGCUGCUAGUCAAUUUCACGGGGAGCUUUGCGGGCGCCGGGAUCCAGUACGUCAUCCCCUCGGUGAUUUUGUACCAGGCGAGGAGAAGGGUGGGUCUGGGGAGUAGCAAUCCGUAUUCCAGUCCUUUCCGGGGAGAUGGGUGGAUUUAUGGGGUGCUUGUUUGGUGCGGGGUCAGCGUGGGGCUCGUGUUGGUGCAUAUGUUUGGAGGCGAAAGUGGAAUUAGUAGGAGAAAGUAGGCAAAAGUUGAAAGUGGAAGCUGGAAAUUUGGAGGUGAAAGUUGAGAAUAAUUUCAAAUCGGCGCUGCUUUCUCCACCUUUUCACAAUUACCUCGAUUUCUUAAAUAAAAUCUCGUUUUCAUCGAAAUUUACCACACUUUCACCAAGCGAUGAGCAAGAGAAAGCCCCGCUUUCACUUUCCCUAUCCUCGUUUCGACAUGCUUUCACCCAUCCCUCUCAUUUUUGUUGAAGAGAAAGUCGGUUAAUUUUUUAGGAAAACGUGGUGAAAUCUCAUGAGAAAUAGAAAGUUAACUAGUUAGAAAGUAGCUGCUUUCUCCACCUUUUCACAAUUUAAUUGAUUCCUAUUUUUCUCCUUCGAGAAUGGAUGGAAUUUUUGCCCACUUUCUCCAAGGGAUGCACAGGAAUAAGCAUGGCGACGAGCUUUCACUCUUCCUACUUUUUUCCAUGGGGCAUGCUUUCACCCAUCUCUCUACUCCAUUCGAAAGUUAUUUACUGAAGUUUACUUUCUACGAUGCAAAGAUGCAAACGAGAAGAAAGCAUGACGAGCUUUCACUCGAGAAAAUAUGAUUUCUCUUGCCUCACCUCCACUCCUAAUAAGAAAGCCCAUGCCUCCAAUUAUUAUGAAAAUUAUUAGAAUAACAAUUCAUCUUAAUUGAUUUCUAUUUUCUUCCUUCGAAAAUGGAUGGAAUUUUUCCCUACUUUCACCAAGCGAUAUAAUAAUAAUACAAUAACACCACCAACAAUAAUUCCUCAUCUACAACAUUUUACUUCUCUCUCCACUCUCCCCUCAAUUUCUAAGCACCACAAAAAAAAUCCAAUAUAAAAAUCGUAAUAAAAUCGUACAAAAUUUCUUAUAUAUAAAU